AAUUGUUUCAAAUCCAGUUCUCAAAGUAGAACAGCGAUAUUUUGCGGUUAACAAUUUCCACUAUUACCGGGCGUUUCACUCUCGUUUUAACUCAUUUAGACCAAAAACAUUUUAAAUACUUAGUUUCCCAUUAAUUUACGUUUUAUUGACGUCGCUGGAUGUUCUCCGAAUUAUCCAAAAUUGGGUUUUAUUAGUCACAGGGUCACGUCACAGCACUGACCAGCUCCAAUUUCUUUUUUAUAUAAAGCAGUGAUUGAAUUAUAAUUCUGGCAAUUUGUUACUAAUCUUAUUGUGUAUACAUACAUUUUUAUAACACCAAGGAAGUACUGCAGCCGUCAUGAGUUAUCAACAAGGCCAGAGACCGGGAGCUCCUUACCCCACACAACCCGGGGGCGCACCGUACCCCUCUCACUCCCCUUACCCUCCCCAGCAGCCUUACGGGUACCCUCCGGCAGGACCCCCAAUGCAAAUGCCACAACCCUUGCCGAUACCCACUUAUUCCCCCAGUGCACCAUCGGGGGCGGGCAACUAUCCUCCUUCCCCACAACAUCAUUCUCCUUAUCCUCCAUCUUCGGCUGGGUAUCCGCCAGCUCCCGGUGGGUCAUAUCCUCCUCCUAGUGGACCAUAUCCACCACAAUCUAGCGGAGGGUAUCCUCCACAGAGUGCAGGUUAUCCUCCUCAGUCUGGUGGAGGUUAUCCUCCACAGAGUACAGGUUAUCCUCCACAGUCUAGUGGAGGUUAUCCUCCUGCAAGUGGUGGUUAUGGUCAUGCUCCUGGUGCUGCCCCUGGUAGUGAAGGUUACCAAGGACCGAGGGGACCAUAUGGGGGAGUCGGGUAUGCACCCCCUGCAAGGGCUGGCUCAUAUAAUAAGCCGAAGAGAACCCCCACGGUGGUACCGGCCAACCCGUUUGACCCCCGGGCAGAUGCCGAAAUCUUACGUAAAGCGAUGAAGGGUUUCGGCACCGACGAGAAGGCCAUCAUCAACGUUUUGGCCCAUAGGACCAACGCCCAAAGACUACGCAUCGAUUAUGAGUUUAAAACUAUGUAUGGCAAGGAUUUGGUGAAAGACCUGAAGUCGGAAACGAGUGGAAACUUUGAGAAUUUACUGGUGGCCAUGAUGACUCCGCUCCCGGAGUAUUAUGCGAAAGAGUUACACGACGCUAUGGAGGGCGCGGGGACGGACGAGGAUGUCCUCAUUGAAAUUCUAUGCACCAAGUCCAACGAGGAAAUUAUGGUUAUCAGAGAUGCUUUCCGUAAAAAAUACCACCGAUCCUUGGAGGAGGACCUCAUGGGCGACACCUCGGGCACCUUCAAACGCCUGAUGGUAUCCCUAUGUAACGCGAACCGCGACGAAAGCAUGAUGGUAAACCCGGAGGCGGCAAGGGCAGACGCCCAGGCCCUACUGCGAGCGGGCGAACUAAAACUGGGCACGGACGAGAGCACCUUCAACGCCAUUUUGUGUCAAAGAAACUGGGCCCAGUUGCAAUUGAUUUUUCAGGAGUAUCAAAAUUUAACUGGGCACGAUAUUGAAAAGGCGAUUAAAAAUGAGUUUUCUGGUCACGAGGAGCAAGGCUUCUUGGCGGUUAUACGUUCGAUCAAGAACCAGUCCGCGUAUUUUGCUAAAUUGUUGAAUAAGAGCAUGAAGGGUUUGGGUACCAACGAUAGGGCUCUUAUUCGACUGGUGGUGACCAGGUGUGAAAUUGAUAUGGUGGAAAUUAAGAGGGAGUACCAGGCCAAUUACGGAGAGUCCUUGGCUGAAGCUAUUAAGGGCGAAUGUUCUGGACACUACGAGAAAUGCUUAUUGCAUCUGAUAGGAGAAGCCUAAGCAGGAAAUAUUUAAUUCAUGGAAUUUCUUGCAUUCUACGCUUGGAUCUGCUCUACUACAGUUAACGUUAUUAUAUUAAAGCUUUGUCCAGUUUUAUAGAUGUGUCCAUUAUAAUAUGUGAUAUUCGGUCCAAUUUAUUGCAGCAAAAAUAUGUGUCAAAAUAAACGCUAUAUAUUAUACCUCUUUA